UGGUGGGUUACGCAUUAGUCAGUAUAUUACUACUGGUGGGUUACGCAUUAGUCAGUAUAUUGCUACUGGUGGGUUACACAUUAGUCAGUGUAUUGCUACUGGUGGGUUACGCAUUAGUCAGUGUAUUGCUACUGGUGGGUUACGCAUUAGUCAGUGUAUUGCUACUGGUGGGUUACGCAUUAGUCAGUGUAUUGCUACUGGUGGGUUACGCAUUAGUCAGUAUAUUGCUACUGGUGGGUUACGCAUUAGUCAGUAUAUUACUACUGGUGGGUUACGCAUUAGUCAGUAUAUUACUACUGGUGGGUUACGCAUUAGUCAGUAUAUUUCUUUGCACAUGCAUAAUCUAUUUAAUUUGUUAAUAUGUUUAUGUUUUUCUAUACUCUGUAUAUAUAUGCAAAGAUUGUGAAAAUAAAUCAACUAAGUAAAUACUGUACAUUAAAAUUGCUGUAGUGAGAUAUGAAUUGAGACAGGUAGAUACUGUACAUUGCUGUAGUGAGAUAUGAACGUCUUUGUGAAAAAUAUAACACUGUGGCCUUUUCUUUGCUCACAUAUUUCUGAAUGAGCAAAACUUUUUGAUAGACCUUUUAUGUUUAAGUAUUUGUAGGAAGCUGUUGCAUUAUGAAAUUGAAAAAGUUAAUAUAUAUCUGACAUAAUCUGUGGCAUAAAUAACUUCCAUAAAUAUUUUUGGACAUUUUCAAAUCAAAUGCUUAAGUUUUAACUCAGAUAAGAUUUUUCUUUCACAAUAAUCUCAAGAAGUAGCAUGUACAUGUAUUUAUUAAAGGUGGAAAAACACGUGUUCGUGUUUAUUUAUACGUGUAAUCUAUUGGUUGUAAUGCUGGUCACCUUGUCAGGUGACAUUUAAAUAUUCAUAGCACGGGUUUUAACUGACCGCUGUUAGCGCGGAAAGAUUUAUAGCCAUUCGAAGGCUCUUUUAAGUGCAGAUAACACGUCUUUUUUACUCUCUCUAUGACACGUAAUAUGGGCGAUUCGGGUGACGAGCUGACUUUAGAUACUGAUAGAUUGAAAAAAGAAAACACAGGAGGGAAUUCUACACUGGAAGUCUCAGAUAUUGUCAAAUUAUUUACGGGAGUUAUACAGUCCCAAUUUAAAACUUUCUCGGGACAAUUAAAAGCCGAGCAGUCAGAGUCGAUUUCAAAGAAGCUAAAAGAAAAUUCUCUGCACAAGAUCAAGUCCGAAGGUAACCGAAUUCAAUUUGAGUUUAAUGCUGAGUUACUAGAGGGCUUAGAGAAAUUAGAGUCGAGAGCCUUUGAUUUGAAAGAUUCGGAGUCAUUGAGCACUAUUUCCGACCUAAGUAAAAAACUGAAAACUCGUCAGAAGCAUAUACGCAUAGCAGACUCGUCUCCUGCAGGGUGGAAAACCGUCAACGAAUAUCAGUGUAACGAAAUCGCAGACAACUCUGAUGAUGAAAAGAAGAUCCGCAGUGCAGAAAACAGGGCCCUCAGACACCAAAAGCAGAACAAGAGAUUUCAACCUUAUGGGACGCAAAAAACACCAGCAGCAGCGGGAUCUCCAGCUCAAUUGGCUUUUCCUGGGGCUUCUAAUACUUUUCAACCCUUUCCUGCAUUUCAACAGCAGCAACAACAGCCAUUUCUCUAUGGCCAGGGCAGAAACAAGCAGUCAAGGAGACAGCCUAUGCCGUACGACGUUUGUUUCAACUGUUUCGCAACAGGGCACUGGAAGUCCAACUGCCCAAAGGGAAAGGCCACUCAAAGUCAAUGAUAAGUAUACAGGUUGUUUGACUUGUGUUGUUGAAAAGAGUAAAACGGAAUGCGGUAUAAAACAUAGUCUAAAAAGGCAUUACAGUAAAUGGGAGGAAAUAGGGGCUUUUCAAUAUAUUUUGAAAAUAGUACAUUCUGGUUAUGAAAUUCCUUUUGUCUCCAUACCACCGUCUAUGAAUUUUAGAAAUAAUAAAUCUGCACAAAUUAACGCUGAUUUUGUCACAUCAGAAAUAUCUCAGUUAAUUAAGGCGGGUUGUGUCGUAGAAGUUACAAACAAACCAUAUAUUGUAAGUCCUCUCAGCGUAGCAGAAAACAGGUCGAAAAAGAGAUUGAUACUAGAUUUGAGUAGACUGAAUAAUUAU